AUGGCGCACUCGCUCGGCUGGCUGAUCGCCGCGCUGCAGAAGGAGCCCGAGUUCACGCUCGUCCUCGUCUCCACGACCAAGCUCUGCGAGAAUGUGUGCAAGCUCCUGCGCGACUAUGAGGUCUCGGCCGACUGCUUCCACGCGCAAAUGGCGGAGGAGGACAAGAAGGUCGCGCAGUCCAACUUUGAGGAGGCCAAGGUGCUCGUCUUUGUGGCGACGAUGGGCUCCUUCGGGAUGGGCGUGCACUCGUCCAAGCCGAUCAAGCACGUCGUCCACUACGGUGCGCCGCAGUCUCUCGAAGACUACUACAAUGAGGUCGGACGCGCGGGCCGCGACGGUGCGCACGCGCGCUGCACGCUCAUCCUCACCUCGGAG